AUGACAACUAGUCUGUUUAUAGAAGAUUUUUAUAAGGAGUUUAAAGAGUUGGAGCUAGUUCAAGCCAGAAUAGUCAAUCAAGAAAUAAAAAAGCCUGCAAGAAGAGAUAAUAAGGUUGGGACAAUGGAUAAAAGUUGGAUGAAACAUAGGAAUAAGUUUAGUUCUGAAUAUAUUCAAGGAGUUCGUAACUUUUUAGAUGUUGCAAAAGUUCAAGCUGACUGUAAUGGAAGAAUUCGAUGUCCUUGCAAACGGUGUAAUAAUUGUUACUUUAAAUCGGUAACAAAUGUUCGACGAGAUCUGUUUCAAAAUGGCAUUCUUGAAGAUUAUACUACAUGGGUACACCAUGGUGAGACUUCUCAGGUUGAUAAUACUAAUGAUGACAUCCAUAAUCAAGUAGAAGACCAGCAUGAUGAAAUUUCAGAAAUGCUAAUUGACAUGCAAAAUUCAGCUUUUGUAGAAAAUAAUAUGGAUCAGAACAACACCAGCCAUAACACAAGUAUGCCUGAAAAGGAGAUGGAAAAAUUUGCAAAAUUGUUUAAUGAUGCAGAAUGCAAGUUAUAUCCAAGCAGCAAGAAAUAUUCGAAGUUGUCAUUUCUUGUCAAGAUGAUGUACAAUAAAAUAAUUACUAACUCUAGCAUCAAGUCUUUUAGUCUAAACUUAGAAUUGUUCAAGGAUGCUCUUCCAGAAGGGGAAACACUUCCUAAAUCUUACUAUGAGGUGAAAAAGUUAAUGCGUGAUUUGGGUCUUGGCUAUAUCACCAUAGAUGCAUGUGUGAAUGAUUGCAUACUAUAUUGGAAAGAGCAUAAGGAUCUCGACAAAUGUCCAAAUCCUAAUUGUGGAGCCCCUAGGUGGAAACUCAGUUUGAGUAAAAGAAAAAAAAUUGCACAAAAGAUACUAAGAUAUUUUCCAUUAAAACCUAGACUUCAACGAUUAUUUAUGUCUAAAGAAAGCUCUAGAGAUAUGAGAUGGCAUGAAGAAACAAGACAAAAGGACGAUACACUUAGGCAUCCAGCUGAUGCUGAGUCAUGGGGGGAAUUUGAUAAGGAACAUGAUUGGUUUGCCAAAGACUCUCGUAAUGUACGACUUGGACUUGCAAGUGAUGGAUUUAACCCAUUUGGGAACAUGAGCACUAGUUAUAGUAUGUGGCCAGUUAUUUUAACACCUUAUAAUCUGCCUCCAUGGAAGUGUAUGAAGGAACCUUAUUUAUUCUUAUCCUUGCUCAUUCCAGGUAAAGAUUCUCCUAACAAUAAUAUUGAUGUGUACUUGAGACCAUUAAUAGAUGAAUUGAAUGAAUUAUGGAAAGAUGGUAUUGAGACAUUUGAUGCAUAUGCUAAUGAGCAAUUUAGAUUACAUGCCGCUUUGUUAUGGACCAUAAAUGAUUUUCCAGCAUAUGCAAUGUUAUCCAGAUGGAGUACAAAGGGAAAAUUGGCAUGCCCAAUUUGCAACAAGUGGAACUGUUCACUUUCUCUUACACAUGGAAAGAAACAAUGUUAUAUGGGCCAUCGUAGGUACUUGGAUAUAGAACAUCCAUGGAGAAGGAGCAAAAAAUUUGAUGGUAAGCCUGAGCAUCACCUAAAGCCAAGAGAAUUAACGGGGGAUGACAUACUCGAACAGACAUCAUAUAUUCCAAAAACAGUAAGAUUUGGAAAGCCACCUAACAUGAAGAAGCGCAAGCGAACACAUGAAGAAUUGAAUUGGACUAAAAGGAGCAUAUUUUUUGAGUUGCCUUAUUGGAAAACUUUAAAAUUGCGCCAUAAUUUAGAUGUUAUGCAUAUAGAAAAGAAUAUUUCUGAAAAUAUUUUAGGAACAUUGAUGAACACUGAGGGGAAAACAAAAGAUAAUGUCAAGGCUCGUAUGGAUUUAGAAGAAAUGGGCAUAAAGAAAGAGUUACAUAUGCAGCAAAUAGGUAAUAAGUUUCGAAUGUCGCCUGCGUGUUAUACAUUGCCUAUUACUGAAAGAAAAAAGUUAUGUGAAUGGUUGAAAUCAGUUAAAUUGCCUGACGGAUUUGCCUCCAACCUGUCAAGAUGUGUAAAUCUCGAUGAAUGUAAAAUUUCUGGAAUGAAGAGUCAUGAUUAUCAUAUUUUUUUGCAACGAUUGCUUCCAAUUGUUGCCCAUGGAUAUUUGAAGAAGGAUAUUUUUCUCGUUUUGUCAGAGUUAAGUUAUUUCUUCAAGGACUUGUGUUCAAAGAAAAUUAAAAAAUCCAGUUUAAAGAAGUUGCAAGAUAAUAUAGUUUUAGUUUUGUGUAAGCUUGAAACUAUAUAUCCUCCUUCAUUUUUUGUGGUUAUGGUACAUUUAUCAGUUCACUUGCCGCGUGAAGUAGAAUUGGGAGGUCCAGUUCAUUAUCGAUGGAUGUACUUUGUUGAAAGAUUUUUAGGUACUUUAAAAAAUUUAGUGCGUAAUAGGGCUCACCCCGAGGGCUCCAUUGCUGAGGCUUACAUUGCUAAAGAGUGUCUCAAUUUUUGUUCAAUGUACUUUCGUGAAGUUGAGACUAAACAUAGUCAAAUUGAGAGGAACUUUGAUGGUGGUCAAAUAUUCAGACUAAAUGAAUUUUCAGCUUUUGCACAAAAAGCAAGGACUUUAGGAGUUCCAACAUAUGGUGUGCUAUCUGAUUCAGAUUUAGAGAAAAUCCAAUGGUAUAUACUCAAUAAUUGUGAUGAGAUACAAACAUAUUUAGAUUUGCAUAUAGAGGAAGUUAAAAAACAAAGUCCUGAUAAUGUUCAAAAGAGACAUCAAGAAGAAUUUCCAACUUGGUUUAAGAAACAUGUGGUGGGCUUGACUUUGAAUGGUUCAUUAGCAUCAACAGAUCAUCUAAAUAUAUUAGGAUUAGGUCCUGAUGCACGUAUUGCAAGAUACAAAGGUAUAAUUAUAAAUGGAAUAAGGUUUCACACUAUUGAACGUGAUCAUCAUCGUCGAACUCAAAACAGUGGCGUUGUAGUGAAGGGAGAAUAUAAUUCGCAAGAAAUUGAUUUUUAUGGUGUACUAACAGACAUAAUUGAGAUUGAGUACUGUCAUAAUAACCACGUCUACAUUUUUAAAUGUGAUUGGUGGAAUAUUGGUGAUAAAAAGAAUGGGUUGAAGACAUUUGGGGGUUUAAUAAGUGUUAAUGUAAGUAAAAGAUGGUUCGGUGAAGAUCCUUUUGUAUUGGCAAAUCAAACAUCCCAAGCAUUCUACGUACAAGAUAUAAAAAAUGGCGGCAACUGGAAAAUUGUACAGAAAUCAUAUCCUAGAAAUGUCUAUGAUGUUCCAGAAAAUGAAACGGCGAAUGGUGAUCCAUCAAUUCUUAAUGACGAACCGUAUCAACAAACUGAGUUAGAUGAUGUUCAUAGAAUUGAACAAAUGGAUGAGACCAAUGUAGACUCCUUGAAUCGAGAAGAUGUACUUCCCGAAGAGAUUGAUGCUAGCAGUGUGAUUCAAAGAAAUGAGACAUUACAAACUACUGGAACCACUAAUGAUAGUUCUACAGAUGAAGAGGAUGAUACUAUUUUUGAUUACUGUGAUGACGAUACGGAAGAAGAAGAAGAAGAUGAAGAAGAUAUUCAUGACAAACAUGAAGAUGAGGAUGAGAAUGAGGAUGAGGAUGAGGAUGAGGAUGAAUAA